CCAAUUUAAAAUCAAGUGGGAGCAGAAGUGUUUAAAAUGAAGUUCCACCUGGUGUUUAUUAGUUUGCUAGUGUUGGCUUAUGGCAGCGAUAUUAGAAACCCCAAGUUUCCCAAUGAUGAACUCUAUAGCAGCUCUAUUUUGGGAUACUUGAAACUUUUCGAGCUGGAAAAACAGUUUAUGACACACGUGAAAGGCUAUGGAGAUGCUUUACAGGAAAAAUUGGACACGCUAAAGUUACAUUUAAAAACAAUUGAUCGGAAGGCUCAUAAGACCCAGGCAGGACGUGACAAGUAUAUUUCGAAUCCUCUAAAAGCAUUCAGUCUCUUACGACGUCUACGCGAAGAUUGGAUCAGAUUGCAAGUAUAUACAAAAGCAAAGCCUGGCAAAGGUGAAUUGGAUGCCAUGAAGAAACUUUUGGAUAGAAAACAAAAUUUUGAGGAUUUGCAAGAAGGACUACGUGGUCUCAGUCGCAUUGAACAGACCUAUGACCUGAACGCAGUGGACAUAUCCCAAGGAAGACUCCUGAACCAAGAAUUCAACAAAGAACUGUCCUUGCGUGACUGUUUGGCAAUCGCCAAUCACAAAUAUCAGAGCGGGGAUUAUACCAGGGCUGCCGUCUGGUAUCGUCAAGCUAUAAAGCACAAGGACGAACCGAAUUCCGAAGUAUAUAAUGAAGCUCUUGGAAAGCCAGCUGCUGGAUUGCGGCGCAAAUAUGCCAUGGCGUGUCUAAUGCACGCUACACACAUUCGUUAUCCUUCUUUGAAUCAUAAGGAACUUCAAGCAGAGGUCGAUAAGAUAUUACGUGAAAAGAGUUCCAUUGAUUUGGAAAAGUUUGUAAGACAGUUACUCGAACAGGAUGUAAACGAAUUCAUUCAGGAAGCAGAGCAGGUGAAACCGCCAACCACUGACCAUGACUUGGGCUGUCGAGGUCUUUUUAAAAAGAGAACCAACCUCAGUUGUCGCUACAACUUUACAACGACACCAUUUCUGCGAUUGGCACCACUUAAAAUGGAGGAAAUCAACCAUGAUCCAUAUAUAGUCAUGUACCACAAUAUGAUAUCCGAUCGCGAGAUCGAGGAGAUGAAGCGUCUGUCCGUAAACAUGUCUAAUGGAUUCUCAGGUGUUACAAGCCAGAAUCAAACUGAAUCUAUCGAGGUUGUGGCGCGCGUUGCAUGGUUAGUUGAGAAAACUCCCUUUUUGGAACGGAUAAAUCAACGGAUUACGGAUAUGACAGGAUUGGAUGUUAAUGAGUUUCGUGCUGUUCAGAUUGCAAACUAUGGUCUGGGCAACUACUUUAAGCCACACUAUGAUUAUAUGUAUGGAAAUCGAAUACAGAUGAAUAGCAUUGAUGGACUAGGUGAUCGCAUGGGCAGCCUCAUAUUCUAUACUGGCGAUGUGCCACAAGGUGGCAUGACUGUCUUUCCCAACAUACAGGUGGCAGUUGAACCUCAAAAAGGUAACAGUCUCUUUUGGUACAACAUAUUUGAUGAUGGUACUCCAGAUCCCCGGACUCUACACUCUGUAUGUCCAGUUAUUGUGGGUGACAGGUGGACUAUCACCAAAUGGCUGCACAUGGCAUCUCAAAUAUUUACCAAGCCCUGCAGCCCAAAAAAGAAGCUUUACUACAAGGCUUAAAGAUUUCACCUUACAUGCAUUUCUUUUUCAUUAAAUUAAAUUUAACAAAUAUUUAUUUUGUAUGAAUAUAAAUACUGGUUAAAUAAAUACAGCCUUGAACAUA